GAAUAAGUUAACGAAGAUAUCACUUUUUCCAUAGUCCUUGAAGGACUUGUGCUUCCUUUCCUUCCUGUCAACCUCUCCAGAGGGGUGUCUGCUGAUGGCAGAAGGAUUACAUCACCUCUGGUUGGAACCCUGGACAGUGCCACAACCUUUGGCUUGGUGUCCAAUGUGAUGCCCCACCACCACCUUCUGACCUAACUUCUUCUCAGCUCUGUGACUACUUCAAGAGGGGCAUUUCUGUGUGGAGGCGUGCCAGGCAGCUCGUCUUACCUGUGAACUUGCGUACUUUCACUUCAUCAACAAAAAAAGCCACCAUGGCUGGUUCAACACCUGCAAGACUGAAGGUGAUUUUAGGAGAGAACAACAUUGAAAAGCUGACUCUUCCAAAUGGCAUCCCAGAGUCACUUGAAGACCUUCUUGGCACGAUAAAGACUACCUUUGGGUUAAAAGAUAACCUCAGACUGCAAUACAUGGACCAAGACUUUGGCAACGACUUCUUCAAUCUGAAUUCUACCACUGAACUUCAGAAUUUGGGGACAAUCAAAGUGAUCCACCAGCAAACAAAUCCACCUUUGAUCAGUGACCUUCAGUCCACUUCAUCUCUGUCUAUUUCAUUUGAGUCUGAUGACGGUGCUUCGGGGGCAUCAAAUGACACAAUUAUCGUCUCAUCCCCUGAAUCUGUGUCAUCUCGAACACAACAGUGGCCAGAAGACUUUGCAAUUCCCCAAUUUUCAUAUGACACAGAGCUACAGCUAGAGAGGGGGAAUACUGAGUACCGUGUGAGCCAAAAAAUGUUGACUCUCAGCUCCCGAAUGCUGUCUGAUAUCCUGAAAAGAGUAGCAGAAGAAAUUUACCGUUACAAGGCCUAUCCAGAGGAUGCACAUUUUUGCACAGCUGCAGAGGCCCUUAUCAAAAAGCACCCAUGUUUGAAAGAACCUGGCUCAUUCAAUGGCUGCUACGGUUGGAAACAACGACUGAAGUACAAAAUGGCAAACUACAGGACCCAGCUCAAAUUACAGGGGUGUCCAGAGCUGUGUGUAAACUCCUUGAAAUCUAAAGCUACUACAGAUACAUACCCUGCUAAAAAAGUGAAGAAGCCAAAACGUUCUGAAGCUAACUUUUAUCCAUCCUUUCCUACUGGUGAGACUCUGGACAGCAUGGAAAAAGUGAGACUAGAACUUCUGACAGAGAUCGGGAUAAGGGACAAUGAAAGGGUCAUUGAAAACAAAAUGGCUAACACGUUUGCCUACAGACGACAUGAGGUGGUAAACCAAGAACCAAGCAUUCAGGAAUUGAAGGACAGAUGGCCUGCACUCUUCACACAGAAAGAGAUAAAUACAGAGUUCCAGAGGCUCAUGGCUGUUCCCCUUGAGGGGAAGUUCAUGGCCCAGUUAGACAUGCACUCAAGUCAGCUGAUCAAAGUCAUACGUGCCAAAGGAGGAGCAACAAGCCAAAAUAUUGCAAACAUCAUGGACACAUUGGACCAGACUGUGGACAUUAAUCAUCGGAGGGAAUGUGUGCUGAAAGCCCUCACCAUCUUCCUGGGAGAAGAUGCAGAUGGCCUGAUCAAGGAAUACCUUGACUGUGGAGCAGAUAUGUUCAGAGGGACCUGGAGCAGGUCACCAUGGCAGUGUUUGUGA